AUGUCUUCUUCUUCAACAACCAACACAACCCCGCCCGCCCCGCAAUCCUCCGCAUUACCCCCAACCCACCCCUUCAACACAUCCUCCUCGCCAGACAACGCGACAUCCCUCGCCAACCACACCACCCAACUACCCGUCUUGUCCGAAAAAGUAACACCCCAACGAAAACCCCUCCUCCGCCUCGAACUCCGCGACCUAUCUUCUGAUGGCGCACGUGCCUUCCUCCGUCUCAUCCACGCGUCCAACGCGCUCGAAUACGCCGUCGACGCCGUCCUGAAACACCUUUACACUAAACUUCCCAUAUCAUGCAUACCAGGCACGCGUUCCGUCACCCUAAUACUACGGGAAAUGGAUGGCGUCGCAUACACCACGGGACGAGAUCUUGAUGACGACCACAAGGAGAUACAUUUAAACACAAGCUACAUAUCCCAUGUACCUGAAUCUCGGCAAAAGGAAGAAAUCAUGGGUGUGAUUGUACAUGAAAUGGUGCAUUGUUGGCAACACAGUGGAUUUGGGUCUGCGCCUACGGGCUUAACGGAAGGUGUGGCGGAUUGGGUGAGGUUGAAGGCUGGUUAUGCGCCGCCGCAUUGGAAGAGACAUGGAGAUUGCGAUUGGGAUGCUGGGUAUGAGAAGACAGGGUAUUUUCUGGAGUGGUUGGAGAAGGAGCAUGGGAAGGAUGUUGUGAGGAGGAUCAACGAGGGAUUGAGGGAGGAAAAGUACGAUGGUGAGAAGUUGUGGAGGGGGUGCUGUGGGGAGAGUGUGGAGGAGUUGUGGAAGGGUUACAAGAAGAGUCUGGAAGACUGCGAGUAG